AAUUUAUAGACCAUAAGGUCCGUUCUCCCCGAACUUCUAGAUCUGUUAUCAAACAAGAGGGGGAAAAUGGUGAGAGCCAAAGUUGCAGCUACACCAAAGCCAGAUCACUACGAUAGAGAAAGUGAAUUGAAGGGUUUUGACGACACAAAAGCCGGUGUGAAAGGAAUGGUAGAUGCUGGGAUUACUGAGAUCCCUCGUAUAUUCCAUUUACCACCGGACAGCUUCGACAAGAACUUGGUUUCUGACCAUGACAAUCAGUUCGGCACAAUUCCUGCCAUAGAUCUCAAAGGCAUCGAAAAAGAUGUAACAAAAUGCAAGGAGGCUGUGGAAGCGAUUCGUGAUGCAUCAGAGACAUGGGGUUUCUUUCAGCUGGUGAAUCAUGGGAUCCCUGUGGGUGUUCUGGAGGAGAUGAAGGAAGGGGUGCGGAGGUUCUACGAGGAAGAUACUGAGAUUAAGAAAGAGUUCUACACUCGUGACUACAUGAAACCGGUUGUGUACAACACCAACUUUGAUUUCUAUAGUGCACCGACUAGCAAUUGGAGGGAUACGUUUUUGUGUUCUAUGGCUCCUAAUCCUCCCAAGUCAGAACAACUGCCAGCUCCAUGCAAAUUCCGGGGCUUCAGAUGAUUUGUGGACAGUGGUGCUUAUUGUGGUGUAACACGUCUAUGGCUUGACCAAAUAAAUGAAAUACAUAUUUUACGUGGUUUAGUAAAGUGGCAUGAGUCGACAAGGCGUUGGGUCUAUGUUUUGCACAAUAUUUUUGUCAUACAAGAGGAAGUUGAAGAAGUAAACGGGAAAGAGG